AUGGAAACAAACGGAAUGCAACGGGCGUUCGUGACCGGGCCCACAGAGCCACCGAUAUGUCCAAAAACAUUCGCGCAGUUCAUCGAUGAGCAAGCAGCUACCUAUGGCCAGAGGCCUUCAAUAGUAUCGCCAUGGCAGGGAAUAAGCCUCUCUUAUCAUGAACUUGCGGAACGAAGUAAGCAUGUAGCCAGAGCCUUAUUGGGCAUGGGUUUGGCACACGGCGACUGUGUCGGUAUCAUGGCCGGCAGUUCAUGCCAGCAUAUCGAAUUGCUAAUGGGAGGGGCACGCAUCGGAUGUGCUGUUGUCUCCCUGCAUACCACAUACACACCGGAGGAGCUGAAAAGGACCGUGCGGAGAACCUCAUGCAGGCUUGUUUUCAUCUCGUCUCGUAUCGGUCGUCGGGACCUAUCUACCCAUGUGAAUGUGAUGAAGAAUUGCAUGUCUUCAGGAGCACUUCCAGAGCUAAAUGCAGUUCUUACGAUAGGACAGAAUGACUAUAAAGGAUAUUCCCAGGGCCUACAAACGUACGAGGCCCUCUUUUCGGAGUACAAAGAAGGGGUAACGAACCCUGAUAUUGAUGCAACAUUUUUGCUCAAACUGGCAGAGAAAGCUGUCACGACCGACGACGUGAUUCGUAUGGAUUUUACUUCUGUUCUUGAACACCUCCCCCGGGUAUCUCCAGUUAACCAGUCCAUAGGUACUACAGGGACCCCCAAAGCAGCAAUGUUAACAGCCAUCAACCUCCUUGGAGGUGGGUUUAUAGUGGGCGAGCGCUUAAGCCUCACUCCGAAAGAUAUCAUUUGUUCUCCCGCCCCGCUAUUCCAUAGCUUUACACUUAUAGCAGGGGUUUUCGCGUCCUUAACUCACGGUAGCUCGGUUAUUCUCCCUUCAGAUCACUUCGAUCCCCAUACAGUCGUUGCAGCUAUACAGAAGCAGGCUCCUACUGUCCUACUGGGCGUUCCCACAAUGUUCCUGGCGGAAUUAGAGAUUAUGGCAAAAGAACCGGCCGAUAUGUCAUUGCGAGCGGCUGUGGUGGGUGGCUCUGUUGUCACGUCCGCGUUAAGAAAGAACAUUUGUACCACGAUGAAGACAAAGGAAGUAUAUUCGGUUUAUGGGAUGACUGAAACGGGUGCUACGUUUAUAGGUUCCUUGGACGGGUUAGAGGAAUCCACGGGCAUGGUAGGAUACGUGAUGCCGCAUAUCUGCGCCAAAGUUCUGAAUAGAAGCGGCCAGAUUGCUCGACCGAUGGAAAAGGGGGAACUUUAUACAAGUGGAUUCACACUGCAAAAGGGAUACUUCGGAGAGGAAGAGAAAACCUUGGAGACGAUGACACAGGAUCAGGACGGGAAGAUCUGGAUGCGUACGGGCGACGAAGCCGUCAUUGAUGAGAGUGGGUGUUGUCGAAUUACCGGCAGGAUCAAGGAUAUUAUAAUCAGAGGUCAAUUAGGUGGGGAAAAUAUUUCCCCCUUGGAAGUUGAGAGUCGCCUCGCUUCACAUCCAUCCAUCGGUGAAGCAAGUGUGUUGGGUUUGCCUGACGCAAAGUAUGGGGAGGUUGUAGGAUGCUUUCUAAAAAGUGCGCCUAAUGUUGAAAGGUUGGCAGAUGAAGAGGUGCAGGGCUGGGUGAGAGAAACACUGGCCUGGCAUAAGACACCAGCGUACAUAUUUUGGAUUGGAGACCCUGGUGUUGCGGAUGACUUCCCCAGAACGGGAACUGGUAAGCAUCAGAAGCAUAUCAUGAAGAAAAUUGGGGAAAGGCUUAUUGCUGUAAGGAGAAAUGGAGUGUGUGAGCCCAGGUUGAUGUGUGAAAGCUUCCGCUCUGUUACAACACAUUCCUCUGUUGGCAACAACAGCUUGAUAAACUGUGUCUAA